GCGCCCUCUGAAAACUAGCUCGAAAAACAUCCAAGAAAUACCAAGAUUUCUGUCACUAUUAUACGGAAAUUUGCACUACAUUUGUUUGAUUCAAAAUAGCCAGCAUGUCUGAGGCAGCAGCAAAUGGUAGCAGUCCCUCUCCCGCUCCCGCUACAGAGGCACCGGUGGCGGAGUUGGCCCAACUGGCACUGGAGGAGGAGGCGGCACCCAAAGUGAGCUUCUCGGAUCAGUUCAAGGCCUUCUCCAAGUUCGGGGACACCAAGUCCGAUGGGAAGCUAAUCACGCUCUCGCAGAGCGACAAGUGGAUGAAGCAGGCGAAGGUGAUCGACAAGAAGAUCACCACCACGGACACGGGCAUCCACUUCAAGAAGUUCAAGGCCCUGAAGAUCUCUCUGACGGACUACAACAAAUUCCUUGACGAUCUGGCCAAGACGAGGAAGGUGGAGCUGUCGGAGAUCAAGCAGAAGCUGGCCAGCUGUGGGGCUCCGGGUGUGGCGCAGGUUUCGGCUGGAAAGGCUGCGGCAGCCGUGGACCGGCUGACGGACACCAGCAAGUAUACGGGCUCCCACAAGGAGCGCUUCGAUGCCACCGGCAAGGGCAAGGGCAUUGCCGGCAGACGCAAUGUGGUCGAUGGCUCUGGCUAUGUGAGCGGGUAUCAGCACAAGGACACAUACGAUGGAGCCCACUAAAGGGACAUCCCAAUCACCCAAUCACCCACCUUUGAGUCCUUUGAACCCCGUCGUUUGUGUCUGUCUCUAGUUUAUCCCUUAAUUUCUAAUUUCUAAUUUCUUAUUUCUAAUGGUAGCUGCAAUUAUUUAUCGUUUACCUUUUUGUAUAUAAUAUAAGUUGUGAUAAUUUAAGUGCUUAAAAAAUAAAUUCAAAUAUUUUCGACAUUU